GUGACAAUUCAAUCCACUUGAUGUAUACUGCGAAUUUUUAGUUGAAUUCUAGCUGUUGUUCGAACAACUUAAUUUAUAAACAAGUUUCCCAUUGAUUACUUCUGUUAAUUAUAUUUCCUGGCAGUUCAAAAUUCCGAAUAUUACAUAUUUUCAGAAAAUAAUGGCAGAAAGUGAAAUACAUGCUAGUGAGAGUGAAAUUAAUCCACCAGAUUUUCUCAAUAAAGAAUUCUUCCAUAAUGUUCUCAGAAGAACGAAAAACGACGAUAAUCUUACAAUAACAAACCUUAAAUUUGUUCUGGGAACAAAGCCAGGAGAUAACUAUGCCAGUAUUAUGUUCAAAGCGAUCGUAUCUUAUACUUCAAAAGGGAAAACCGUGGAUUCUAGAUCUCUAGUUAUCAAGACGUUUCCCGUUGAAAAUGAAGUGAACGAGGAUAUGACCAGUGAAAUGCUCAUGUUUGAAAGAGAAAUUGACAUGUACACUAAAGUUCUUCCUGAAAUGAAGAGGAUUAUGGAAUUCAUUGGAGAUAAAGAAGAACUGGCUCCAAAUUUGGUUUACCAUAUCAUGGGACCACCAACUCUAAUUUUUGAUGAUAUUGCAAGCCUUGGCUAUGAAAUGCACUAUAAACUUUUCGACUUUAAUAAUACAGUUAAGAUAAUGAAGAAACUGGCUAAAUUUCAUGCACUGUCCUACUACAUAUAUGACAAUAAGUACAAUCAUCUAAAUGAUCUGACAAAGUAUACAACCACGAUGACUGAUGUUCAAAUGGACAAAUUUAAAGUAUUUUUCUGUGGAUUUGACUAUCUUCGGGAGGAAGUGGAAAAAUGGCCUGGAUACGAAAGGAUUGCAGAAGUUCUCGCGACUCAAAAUAAAACUUUUAGGGAAAACCUUUUAGCAGCUUACCAACCAAAUCCUGAUUCUGAAGCCAAUGUACUUUGUCAUGGAGAUUUUCACAUAAAGAAUAUGAUGUUUCUCAUGAACGGUGAAGAUUUCAACAAGACAAUGUUUCUGGACUUUCAAUUAUCUUACUGGGGAUCACCUGCAACUGAUUUAUUAUGCGUUUUCUACGCAAUUGGUGGCACAGAGUGCCGAAAACGUCGAGGUGAAAUCCUCAGUAUUUACCACGAAUCCCUCACUGAAUAUCUCAAUCGUUUGGGAUGCUUGAGGAAACCCCCAACAUUGCUGGAUCUCAAUAUAGAAAUGUUGAAAAGAGGACCAAUAGAAAUUUUAUGGGCUGUGUGCUUUUUACCCUUCUUCCAUUUGGAUUUCACAAAAAUUGAUCCUGAAGCUGUAGCAGAUACCUCUCCUGAGGUCAUGUCUAAAGUCAGAAAACUUAUGUACACUAAUGAAGAAGUUGUAAAAACGCUAAAGGAAACUCUUCCUGAACUUCUAUACAAAGGAAUAUUGGCCUAAAAAUUGCUAACGGUUUGUAGUAAUUUCAGUUUGUGUACUGCAAAUGUAUUUUAAAAAAAGUAUAAAUAUAAAGUAUUAUAAAAAAUCAGAAA